AUGGCAACCAAAGCCUCCGCUUUCCUGGACGAAGCGCUCUGCCGGGCCGUCCCGCCGCUCCCGCCUUACGAGACCCGGGAGAAGGCGGCGGCGCCGGCCGGGGCGGCGCUGGAGCAGCGGAGCGCCGAGUUCAUGCGCUUCUACCGGUCUCUGGGCGGCGGCGAAGGGUCCCGGGCGGAGCUGCUGAGGCGCCUGGCGGGGGGCUUCGGCGUGGAGCGCGGGCGGGUGGCCGAGGCCAUGGCGCGGGUGCUGCGGCUGCAGGAGGGCGAGCCGGGCCCGCUGCUGCAGGCCGAGGACCGGCUGCGCCACGCCUUGACCCCGCGCUACCGGGGCCUCUUCCAGCACCUGGCGCGGCAGGAGGGCGGCCUGCGCUUCCUGGUGGAGCUGCGCCGGGAUCUGCUGGAGGCGCUGGCCGCACUGGACGCCCCGGGCCCGCACCUCCGGGUGAGAGCCGGCGGGGAUGAGGGUCUCGAAUUGCAUGGACGUAAAUUGGUGCCCAUUGUCAGAGACCGAAACAUUGGGCAGGCCAUGAGUGGAGAAAAGUCUCGGUAG